UUUUUAUGCGAGUAUAAUAAUAAUCGAAACAUUUGGAAACGCUUCGAAAGCAUGCUUUUCCAACUCCCAGUAUAACUUCAAUUGAUCAUGCGAUGCGAAUGCGAGUGCUCCUCCCAAAGUCUCAAGGCCUUCGCUAGCAGCCAGGGCAAACACAUCAUCGUCCCAGCCUCCCAGGUGAAGCCAGGCGAUCAGCGACUGCGCUGCAGUUCCACUUCCACAGGCGCGCAGCCGCGCACGCACACGCACACCAACUCCCCUGUCUCGGCGCGGCUGCAGCCGACGCCGGUCUCUGCCCCUGUCCCCUGCUGCGCCUAGCUUCGUUCCACGGUGACGCCACCAUGCCGGCGCCCAAAUGGUUCCAGAAGCUCCGGAGGAGGAGGAGCAAGCAGGGCAAGCAGCAAAGCCCGUGCAGAAGCCAAUGCACCGCCGCCGCCGCCGAGGUGGACGCGGAAGCGGACGCACCCGCGCCGCCAGCGCAGGGCCAGCAACAAUGCCCGUCGCUGCUGCCAGCGCCGCCGUGCGCCGUGUCCCUCAACAGGGCGUCCUACUACUUCGCCAGCGCGGACCGAUUGCGCCAGGACAGGGACCUCCCGUGCGCCGCCGACCUACUGGACGUCCGCGUCGACGUGGUGCACCGCCGCGCGGGCGGCGACCGGCGGCUCGGCGGCCUCGACGCGCCGCCCGGGACGCCCGAGCUCAAGCUGCGGCGCAUCGUCACGAGGCCCGUCGCCGUCGCCGCCGCCGCCUCGGAAAGCGGAGGCGGCGUCAGCAGCGCCAGCGCCACCACGUCGGCCGCCACGACGCCGUCGACCAGGUCGCGCGGGUUCCACGUCCGGAGGCAGCGCCGGCGUCGGCGGCGGCGCGAGCGCGACUACCACGACGGCGUCGCGGUAAAGAAAGGGAAGGCGGCCGCGAAGGAGGAGGGGGAGGAGGAUCAGGUGUCGCCGCCAUCGUCGUCCCGGCGCGUGCCCACGCAGCGGCUGCGGCGGCGGCGGUGGCUGUACGAGAGCCUGGUGGUGGUGAAGACGUCGUCGGACCCGGAGCGGGAGCUGGCGGAGAGCAUGUCCGAGAUGGUGGUAGCCAACGGCAUCCGGUCGUCGGAGGACCUGGAGGAGCUCCUCGCGUGCUACCUCGCGCUCAACGCCGCCGAGCACCACCGCGCCGUCGUCGCCGCGUUCCGCCACGUCUGGCUCCUCCUCGACAAGCACAGGCUGCUCAUCUAGCGUACGUGCAGCCAGCCACGCACCUCACGCACGCAACACACCAGCUGACACACACAGCUAGCUAGCUAGCGUAACAGUGCCGUCGUGUGAGCUGUGACGGCGGCGAACAUGCAGGCAUGCAUCUUGCCUAGCUAGCUGCAUGGAUCUUGCCGUGUUUAUAAUCAACACCUAUUUUAGUUGCUUCCUGAUUGUACAUUCGUGCCGGAAUCGCGUUGCGUUGGAGCUCUCUCGAUUAGAUCACGCAAAGUUGACAGCA